ACAAUGGAAAAAAUCCUCUGUGGUCUUCUGGUGAUUGGAUUGGUAGUAGUGGUCAACUCAUGUCCAAAAUAUUGUGUCUGUCAAAAUUUGUCAGAAUCACUAGGGACAUUGUGUCCCUCCAAAGGUCUCCUUUUUGUUCCUGUAGAUAUAGACAGAAGAACAGUUGAACUUCGACUUGGUGGUAAUUUUAUUAUAAGCAUCAACCGACAAGACUUUGCCAAUAUGACUGGCCUUGUUGACCUAACUUUGUCUAGAAAUACAAUAAGUUACAUCCAGCCCUAUUCAUUUGUUGAUCUAGAAAGUCUUCGAUCUUUGCAUUUAGACAGUAAUAGGCUUACUAAUAUUGGAGAUGAUAUAUUUAGGGGCUUAAUAAAUCUUCAGCACCUGAUUAUGAACAAUAAUCAACUCAACAGUAUCUCUGAUGAUGCAUUUGAGGAUGUUUUACAGACAUUGGAGGACCUGGAUCUUUCUUACAACAAUUUAAAAAGUAUUCCCUGGGAUGCUAUAAGAAGAAUGAUUAACAUCCACCAACUUAGUUUGGAUCAUAACCUCAUUUAUUAUAUAACAGAAGGUACAUUUCAGGAUCUUAAUAAAUUGGCUAGACUAGAUUUGACUUCUAACAGGCUACAAAAACUACCUCCAGAUCCAAUAUUUGCAAGGUCACAAAUCUCAAUGACAUCUGCAACACCAUUUUUCCCACUUUUAUCUCUGAGUUUUGGAGGCAAUCCACUUCAUUGUAAUUGUGAACUGCUUUGGUUACGGAGGCUUGAGAGAGAAGAUGACAUGGAAACUUGUGCUUCUCCCUCCAGUCUUAAAGGAAGAUAUUUUUGGUAUGUUCGGGAAGAGGAAUUUGUGUGUGAACCACCUUUGAUAACUCAACAUACUCAAAAGUUGCUUGUUCUUGAAGGACAAACUGCCUCAUUAAAGUGCAAAGCUGUGGGAGAUCCUGCGCCAGUCAUACAUUGGGUUGCCCCUGAUGGUCGUCUCAUUGGAAAUUCUUCAAGGACAACUAUUUAUGAUAAUGGCACCUUAGAUAUACUCAUAACAACCUCUAUGGAUUAUGGAACUUUUACUUGCAUAGCAGCUAAUGCUGCCGGGGAGUUAACUGCACCUGUUGAGCUUUCUAUUGUCCAACUGCCACAUCUCAGCAAUGGCACAGGCCGUACAACUGCACCCAAAUCAAGACUAUCUAAUAUAACCACAUCCAGCAAAUCCAACAGAGGAGAAGUAAAGAUUCAACCAGAAAAAGCUGUUGUAGUGUCAGAUGUGACAACUACCACGGCUACGGUAAAAUGGUCAGUAAGCAAGGCUGCUCCAAAAGUCAAAAUGUACCAGCUCCAAUACAAUUGCUCAGACGAUGAAGUUCUUAUAUACAGGAUGAUCCCUGCUUCAAACAAAGCCUUUGUGGUGAAUAAUCUUGUAUCUGGAACUGCUUAUGAUCUCUGCGUCUUGGCCAUAUGGGAUGACACUGCAACAACGCUUACUGCUACAAACAUUGUGGGUUGUGCCCAGUUCAUCACCCAAGAGGACUAUCAGCAGUGCCAGUCCAUGCACAGUCAUUUCUUGGGGGGAACAAUGAUUCUAGUAAUUGGAGGCAUCAUUGUAGCAACAUUGCUGGUCUUCAUUGUUAUUUUAAUGGUAAGAUAUAAAAUUUGCAACAAUUCCCAGGGAAAGAUGGCCAAUGUCAGCAAUGUCUAUUCUCAGACUAAUGGAGCAAAUACAGUUCAGAAUGGGGUUCCACCACAAGUCAGUUCAAAAGUGGUGGUAAGGAAUGAACUUAUGGAAUUCAACUGUGGCUCAGAACAUAGCAGUGUGUCAUCCUCUUCUGGCUCUAUGAAUAGUCCAGAUGGAGAUGAUUUUAGCCUAAAUAGUAAUCAAAGCACAUUGUCCAAAAAGUGGAGACAUGUUUCCAGGUCUAAACAUAACAUUGAUAGACUGAUGGGAGCUUUUGCCUCCCUGGAACUGAGGUGUCCAAGAAAGGAGGACACUGUAGACUCCAGGACUUCCACAACUGUCCACCAGUCAGACAAAGAGCCUUUACUGGGCCAACAAGAGUCCAAAGUUCGUAGCCUCCUUAUGUUACCUUUGGAGGGCAAAGCAAAACGCAGCCACUCCUUUGAUAUGGGAGAUUUUGCCACAACACAGUGUUGUGGUUACCCCAAAAAAAUCACAAAUAUUUGGACUAGGAGAAGCCUCUCAGUUAAUGGCAUGUUAUUACAGUAUGAUGAUAGUAGUGACUUAGCAGGGAAUAUAACAAGAGAUUCCUAUGACAGCACAGAAUGGGUAAUGGAAAGUACAGUCUAAAUAAUGAUGUUCUAUAAAUGCUAUACAGUUGCUAACAGCAAGCGUAGUAUACAAUAAAAUUGUAAUAUGAAAGUUAUUGCUAGGGCUCUGACACCAGA